AUGGCGGGAGAGGGUGCCGACAAUCAGCCAUCGUCGCCGGAUUCGCCGACAUCGGCGGGGUUCAACACCGACCAGCUUCCGUUCAGUACCAGUCAGAACUCUGACAACUUCUCCGAUGAGGAAGCCGCUGUGGAUCCGCAGAUUAUCAGGGACGAUCCCGAGGAGGCGGAGGAAGAAGAGGAAGGAGAAGAUCUCUUCAACGACAAUUACAUCGAUGAUUAUCGACAGAUGAACGAGCAAGAUCAGUAUGAAUCGUUGGGGCUCGAUGAUUCGAUGGAAGAUGAGAGGGACUUGGAUCAAAUUAUGCAGGAUCGUCAGGCGGCGGAAGCAGAACUUGAUGCUCGGGAAACUCGUGUCUCCGGUCGCAAGCUUCCCCAUCUUCUUCACGACAAUGACUCCGAUGAUUGGAACUAUAGACCUUCAAAGAGGUCUCGGGCUGAUUUCAGACCCCCCGUUGCACCUAGAGGCAAUGGUGAUCCUGAUGGAACUCCAAGUUCGCCUGGAGGAUCUCAGCCGGGGUCAAGAGAUGAUAUUCCAAUGACCGACCAAACUGAUGAUUACCCAGAUGAGGAUGAAGAUGACGAUGAAGCUGAGUUUGAGAUGUAUCGGGUCCAAGGAACUUUGAGGGAAUGGGUUACCAGAGAUGAAGUGCGCCGCUUUAUUGCUAGGAAGUUCAAAGACUUCUUACUUACAUAUGUGAAACAAAAGAAACGGGAAGAAGACGAGGAAUAUGUUGAAUAUGUUCGUCUAAUAAACGAAAUGGUUGCAGCCAAUACAUGCAGUUUGGAAAUUGAUUAUAAGCAAUUCAUUUUUGUGCAUCCCAAUAUUGCUAUCUGGCUGGCGGAUGCCCCGCAACCUGUUCUCGAAGUCAUGGAAGAAGUUACUGAAAAGGUUGUCUUUGAACUGCAUCCGAACUACAAGAACAUCCACCAAAAGAUUUAUGUCCGUAUCACUAACUUACCUGUCCAUGAUCAGAUCCGAAACAUAAGGCAGAUCCAUCUUAACACAAUGAUCCGCAUUGGUGGAGUUGUGACCAGACGUUCUGGGGUCUUUCCCCAGUUGCAGCAAGUGAAAUAUGAUUGCAACAAAUGCGGGGCAAUUUUAGGCCCAUUCUUCCAAAACUCGUAUUCUGAAGUUAAGGUUGGCUCUUGCCCGGAAUGCCAAUCAAAAGGACCAUUUACUGUUAACGUUGAACAGACAAUAUACAGGAACUAUCAGAAGCUAACAAUCCAAGAAAGUCCAGGAACAGUGCCUGCUGGACGUCUUCCGAGAUACAAAGAAGUGAUUCUGCUGAAUGACCUCAUUGAUUGUGCUCGCCCUGGGGAAGAAAUUGAGGUAACUGGCAUAUACACCAACAAUUUUGACCUCUCUUUGAACACGAAGAACGGGUUUCCUGUCUUUGCUACUGUGGUUGAAGCCAACUACGUCACGAAGAAGCAAGAUCUCUUCUCUGCAUACAAGCUUACCCAUGAAGACAAAGUAGAAAUCGAAAACCUAGCUAAGGACCCACGUAUAGCAGAACGGAUCAUUAAGUCAAUUGCUCCGUCCAUCUAUGGCCAUGAGGACAUCAAAACAGCAAUAACACUCGCUAUGUUUGGCGGCCAAGAGAAAAACGUGAAAGGGAAACACAGACUGCGUGGAGAUAUAAAUGUACUUCUACUCGGAGAUCCAGGAACAGCAAAAUCACAAUUUCUUAAAUAUGUUGAGAAGACUGGUCAGAGAGCUGUCUACACGACCGGGAAGGGAGCUUCUGCUGUUGGGCUGACAGCAGCUGUGCACAAAGAUCCAGUUACAAGGGAGUGGACACUUGAGGGAGGCGCUCUUGUUUUGGCUGAUAGAGGAAUUUGUCUUAUCGAUGAGUUUGAUAAGAUGAAUGACCAAGACAGAGUAAGUAUUCAUGAAGCCAUGGAACAGCAGAGCAUUAGUAUAUCAAAAGCAGGAAUUGUUACUUCUCUCCAAGCUCGUUGCUCUGUUAUUGCUGCAGCUAACCCGAUAGGUGGAAGGUAUGAUUCGUCCAAGACAUUUGCACAAAAUGUCGAGUUGACAGAUCCAAUCCUUUCUCGUUUUGAUAUCUUAUGCGUAGUAAAGGAUGUGGUCGACCCAAUCACAGACGAAAUGCUUGCGUCAUUCGUUGUCGACAGUCACUUCAAAUCACAACCCAAAGGUGAAAAGAUGGAAGACAUCUCCCGAAACAUACAGGAAUCUGCUAACUCCACAGAUCCAGAGAUACUUCCCCAGGAUCUCCUGAAGAAAUACAUAACAUAUGCAAAGUUGUAUGUGUUCCCAAAGCUGCACGAAAUAGAUGCCAAAAAGCUGGAGAACGUUUAUGCCGAUCUGAGAAGAGAUUCAAUGAAUGGACAAGGAGUUUCUAUUGCCACAAGGCACCUCGAGUCCAUGAUCCGAAUGGCCGAAGCACACGCCAGAAUGCAUCUUCGGCAACAUGUGAAAGAAGAAGAUGUUAAUAUGGCCAUUCAGGUCCUUCUUGGUUCCUUCAUAUCAACUCAAAAGUUUGGUGUUCAGAAAGCUCUCAGAGAGAGCUUCAAGAAAUACAUAUCGUACAAAAAGGACUACAAUGCAUUGCUGUUCGUACUCCUCAAGGAGCUCGUGAAGAAUGCUUUGAAAUUCGAAGAAAUCAUAUCAGGACCUGGUUCAGGGGCGGCUUAUAUCGAGGUGAAGGUUGAAGAUCUGCAUACAAAGGCUCGUGAGUACGAUAUCACUGAUCUAACGGCGUUUUUCUCGAGCAACGAUUUCGCCCGAGCAAACUUUGAGUUGGACAACAAUACUAAGAAGAUCCGGUGUCCUAAAAGGUCAAUCACUUGGUGAAAACUUAUCAAUGUCAACGUGGUUAUGUGCAAAGAAAGAAUGCUUUCUUCCUCGUAACUUUAAAAUGUUAAAAUGUUCUUACAUCCCAUGACAAAUUCUCUCUCCUUAGAACAUGAGAGCCUGUUAGGAUCAGUCGGGUAUUCGGUGUAGUCGAUUUCGGUUUUCGAUCA